UAUGCGCUGAGAUUAAGGAUAAACAAUCAAACAAACCAGCCAACCAACCGACCAACAUCGUGUUAAGUUUGAUUGAAAUCCAAUGGCGACUACGUAGAUAAAAAAAGAAUUGUCUUUUUCAAUCUCUCAUCUUUUCGUGCCGCCCCAUUUUGUCUCUCUGUCAAAAACGAUCAAAGAUCAUGACAUUAGCAUAUGGCUCCCCACACCGAUUCUUCUUCUUCUUCUUCUUCUAAACUAUAAAGGCUUUUCAUAAUCUUAAAUAGAUAAAAGAGAGUAAAGGGUAAAGGAGAAAUAUCAAAAGCAGAGGGAUUCUCGUUGUCUUUAUUUUUCUCUGCUUUCUUUAAUCCGAGCUGUGUUCAGUCUUUCCUCUUUACAACAUUUUCUCUCAUUUUGCCUUGUAUUCGUUUUCUCCAACGGGGAGAUUCUAAGAUUUUAAGUAACUUUCUGGUUAUCAGUUUAUAGAAACGGAUUGGAAUUGGAAAGAUCGUCCGAGAUUCAGAGACAAAUGGGAUCAAAAUUGGAAAUUGCACUUCAAAUGAGGAAAAUCUUGAUCCUACCAAUCAGAACAUGUUAUAGAUCAGUUUGCAGUCAUCCAUUCCUUAUGGGUAUGCUCUGUUUUUUGUUAUUUGUGUAUAGAUCUUUUCCUUUUGUAUUCUCCCUUUUGGUCUCUGCAUCCCCUGUUUUGUUCUGCACUGCUCUACUCCUGGGGACCCUUUUGAGUUUUGGGCAACCCAACCUAAUGCCCGAGAUUGAAAAACGUGAUGAUAAGGUUAGCCAUGCCCAUGAUGUCUCAUCGCUUAAGGCCUGGGUUUUGGGGGAUACCACUGUUGUUGUCGAUGACGAGAGAGAUGAGAACUUUAUUGUAGAAAAAUACACAGGAAAGGGAAGGGAUAUAGUAGAGGAGGCUAUUGAAGGUGCUAGUUCGGAAGACGAGGUCAGGAAGAUUGAGACAGAUGAUGGUCUGGUUGAUUACGUGCCACUGAUUGAUCACAGUUCACGGGAAAUACAGUUACAGGAGUCUAUUGAUGGUUCUAGUUCGGUGGAAGAUAAAGUUGGGAAGAUUGAGAUUGACGAUGGUCUGGUUGAUUACAUGUCCCUGAUUGAUGAUAGCUCCCGGGUAAUUCAGUUGCAGAAGCGAGCAACUGGGGAAGUUGAGGGGUACUUUCACGGUUUGGAGUUGGAAAGAAAGAGGGGAAUUUAUGAGGAGAACUUGGGGAUUGAAGGAGUGGAAGGAGUGGCAAAUGAUGGGGAAGCAAUUGAGAAUCAAUGUUUUGUGGUUCACAAAGAGGGAGAUGAGAUUCUUGAAGUGGAAGGUAAUAGUAUUAAGCACCCGGGAGAGUUAGUUGAUGCUCGAAAGGGAGAUCAAUUGGAUUUAUCUGCUAAUGAUGAUGAGGAUGGUGAUGAUGGGUCUUCGGGUUUGGGAUCUGAUCUGGCGGAGAGUUCCUCGACAGCUGCUUCAAUGGCUGACAUCAUUCCCAUGCUUGAUGAACUCCACCCACUUUUAGAUGUGGAAGCUCCGCAGCCGGCUCAUUUGUCCCAUGACGAGUCAGAUGUUGCUUUGGAGCACUCUCAUGAAAGCAACGAUGUCAGUGUUGAGUCGGAUGAAGAAUCCGAAAUUCAUGGAGAAGUAGAAGAAGAUGGUGUUGAAGAAAACGAAGAUGAUGAGGAGGAAGAAGCACAUGGAGGUAAAGAGGAUGAAAGUAAAUCAGCAAUCAAGUGGACAGAGGAUGACCAAAAGAACCUCAUGGAUCUGGGGACUUCCGAGCUUGAGAGGAAUCAACGCCUGGAGAAUCUCAUUGCAAGGAGGAGAGCACGGAAAAACACAAGAUUGAUGACUGAGAAGAAUUUAAUAGACUUAGACGGCGCUGAUCUUCCCUUUAAUGUACCAUCCAUUUCAACGGCAAUACACAAUCCUUUUGAUCUCCCUUACGAUUCCUAUGAUCCACCUGGUUCGGCACCGUCUAUUUUGUUGCCAAGGCGAAACCCUUUUGAUCUUCCUUACGACCCAAAUGAAGAAAAACCUGAUCUCAAAGGAGACAGUUUUCAGCAAGAGUUCACGACAUUUCAGCAGAAGGAUGCAUUAUUCCGUAGGCAUGAAAGUUUCAGUUCGGGACCAUCCAGCCUUGGGGGUCCCAGGCAAGAGAGGCGUGCUACCAAUCUCAGACCCUUUUUUGUGCCCGAAAGAUUUAGUUCGGAGGGGACAAGCUAUUCCUCGUUCGAGAGACAGUCUAGUGAAGUUAGUGAAUCAAAGUUGAGUUCUGUUCCUGACACUGAAUCUGUGAGUUCUGCUGCUGACCAAGACGACAAGAACGUCAAUGAACAAGAUUUUUCUCGAGAAACAGAACUCAUCUCCAGCAUAGGCCAUGCUUUUGAUCUUGUUGAACGUGGAAGCCAAUUGUAUGAAGAUAUUGAUUCUGUGGAGAUGGAACCAAUUGAGAGGAGGGAUGUUGGCCAUGAUGAGGUUGAGAUAACAUUGGGGCAAGUGGGAAACAAUGCUAAAAUGGAUUCUAGCUUGUCUGAAACCAGAGGGGUGGUUAUUCCUCUGGAACUUAGUAACAACGAAAUUCACUUAACAUCACACCUAGAUGUUGGCCAUGAUGAGGUCAAGAUCAUAUUGGGGCUAGCGGGAAAUCAUGCUCAAAUGGAUUCUGGCUUGUCUGAAACAGGUGGGGUAGCUAUUCCUUUGGAACUUAGUACUAGCGAAAUUCAUUCAAGUACAGAAUCAGUUGAAGAGGACUACAACAGUGCUUCAAGUUUUUCAUCGUUGCCGGAAAUAGAUGGGAAUGCUGAAAACGAGGGAUCGACAAGUUUGGAGCCAAGAGGCAAUGAUAUUGAAGAAUCUGGUAGUUCAAUGCUACCUUCCCUCGAGGAGCCAGAUUUCCACGUUCAGUGUGGGGAGGUGGAUGACAACCAACACGAACCUGUUUAUGAUUCAAGUCCCCCAGCAGGUGAAAAGAUCCUCCAUUUUCCUUCUAUUUCUUCUGAAAUGUACAAUUCGCAAGCAGAGAUAUCCAAAAUGAGUUCACCGCCUGUAUCAGUUGAAACAUCUGUUCCUAUUUCCGAUAAGGGAUCUGAGUUGUACAAUGAGAGCAAAGAAUCAAAUAGCGUCCAAACAAAAUUUGCAGAGGUUGUGAGAAUCACCGAAAAUGGAGAUGUGCCAGAAGUCACUGAUCCUGAGUGCAAAAUUCUGCCGAAUUUGUCUUCCUCAGCUUUGGAUUCUACCCAAAUUGAUUUCCCAGCCGAGAGUCCUGAAUACAAAUCACCUUCUGGUGGAGUGAAUUUGAAAGCUGAUAUCCUUGGCCAAAAUGUAAAUGAAGAUCAAGCAAAGGUCUCAAAAGAUUUAAACUAUUCAGCAUAAACUUACGGUUCUCUUGAUGCCCUGCAAACUAUCAAUGAAAAGGCUGAUGAAAUAAAAGAGAUUGAUGAAGAGUUGUUGUUGGAAUUGGAUACAGUUGGGGACUUUCAUGUCAAAGUAGUCGUUGGUGCUCCACAUGACAUUAACCUUGGGGAUACUGACUUUGAGUUGUUUUCCAAAGAUUCAAACCGAUUAAAGACUGAGAUGGACCUCCCGGUUCUUGAAGCAAGAUCACUUGAAGAUAUCGACUUGGCUUUUAAGCAACUUCGUGAAGGCGCAAAUGUUGAGGAAGUCAUCCUCCCUAGUAUGGUUAAUGAUUGGCUAGUUGUGGAAGAAUCCAAGGAUCAUGUAGAAACUAAAUUCAAACUUGAAAGUAGUUGAUGCAAAAUCUCUGGAAGAUAAUCAUAUUGCUCUCAAGCAAGUCUCCGAGGCUAAUCUUCAUGAGCUGCCAGAAGCGUUGGAUUUGAAAGAGAAAUCGGCAUCAGUAAAACCAUAUGAAAUGGGUUCUACCAAGGAGAUUGAAUCAACUGAUGUAGGAUCUGGUGUUCAAGGAACUAGCACAGUCGCUGCUGAUAAACCAGAACAUGGAUCCGAUGACAGUUUGAACAUAUCAGGUACUUUGGAUACAAAAAAUAAGGAGGCAAAAUCUCAUAGUGCAAGAUCCAGUGCCAGCUCUGGCUCAAGCCCAAGUGAUUCUGAUUGAAAAUCAGGACUUAAGAAAGUGAGAAAAAAGUAGAGCGUGUCAUUCAUGGUCUGAUCAAUGCUAGUUGCCUUUCUGUUUUUUAUUUAUAUGUAUUGCUUUCUUCAAGAAUGAGUUUUGGUUUGAAUCAUUGAAGCUUGAGAGUGAAUAACAAUACGAGGCUUAUUGGGAGAAUUUCUUUUAAGCU